UGAUUAUAUCCUUGAAAUCUCGGACAGAGUGAAACUGGAUGUUUUUAAGAGUUUCCUUUCUGUUCAAAAGAAAGGAACAGAGCAGACGAGGCUCAAAGAUUGAGGAACAGGAAGUUGCUCAGAUAUAGAUCACUGAUUUGUAUUUUGGUAUUUGGAACACGAUCUCAAAAUUUGAUGACAACACACAAAUAGGAAGAUUGACAAGGAGGACUGCAAAAGAUUCAGGAAAACAUAGACAGGAUUCAGACCACAAAAUGGCAAGCAGCAACAAAGAUCCAUGCAAGAAGGAGAUGACUUACCCAGCAAAAUGCGUUUAUGUAUCAAACCCUUAUCUUGAAACAAUGAACGAAGAUAUUUUAUAUCACUUUGACCUUGGAACGAAAACUCAUGACUUCCGUGCUAUGUUUGGAGAUGUCAAGUUUGUAUGUGUCGGAGGAAGUGCAUCGCGAAUGAAAGCCUUCAGUCAAUACAUGAAUGAGCUGUUGGGACUGGGGCGUGCCACUGAUGACAUUCCCAAUAUCUGUGCACACACUGACCGUUACAGUAUGUACAAAGUGGGGCCUGUCCUUGCAGUCAGUCAUGGCAUGGGGAUUCCUUCAAUCUCAAUCAUGUUACAUGAGCUCAUCAAGUUGCUCUGUCAUGCCAAGUGCACUGAUGUUGUUGCCUUUCGUAUUGGCACUUCAGGUGGAAUAGGCUUGCAGCCAGGCACAGUUGUGAUCACCAAAGUCUCAGUCGAUGCUUCUUUCAAUGCAUGCUUUGAACAGAAUACAUUGGGGAUGAUUGUGACUUACCCCACAGUACUAAAUGAAUGUUUGGCUCAGGAACUGCUGAAAUGCAACAAGGAAAUCGAUCAAUUCAAUGCCAUCAUCGGUACCACCUUGUGCACCUCUGAUUUCUAUGAAGGUCAGGCCCGUUUGGAUGGUGCUUUCUGCAACUAUACCUAUGAGGAUAAGAUGAAUUACUUGCAUUGUGCCUAUGAGGCAGGGGUUCGCAACAUUGAAAUGGAGUCCUCUGUAUUUGCAGCCAUGUGCAACCGAAGUGGACUGCCAGGUGCAGUAGUAUGCGUAACCCUUCUGGACCGACUGCAAGGUGAUCAGAUUGGCAGUUCCCAUGAAGUGCUUGAAGAAUAUCAGGAGAGACCACAGAAGUUAGUUGGCUGUUACAUAAAGAAAACAUUCUGCAAGAAAUAGGCAAGUCUGUCUAUUCAUCACGUUGAAAAGGCCAAGUUGUUUUAACUUCUUCAAUUUUUCAGAACUUGUAUUAUUUUAAAUAUUUGGAAUGGGGACUUCCUUAUGUUUACUCAUUAUCUCUAUAUGUUUUGAAAGCCAUAAAGGAAGUUCAGUAGUAGGGAAGUUGUAAUGAUAUCUCCAGUGCUGUUUGCUAAAAUAGUUAUAUUUGGCCUGGCUAAAUGUUGAAGAAUAAAGGGAUUUAAACCA